AUGUUCCUCAUUUGCCAAUACUUGUCGAUUCAUCCGUGCGUCGUGCUCAUUCUGCAGCUAAUCGGCCAAACGCUCGUCGUUCACGUCGGCCGCUUCGAUGAGGCCGGCGCGUUUCUCGUGCUCAUCGCCUUUUUGCCGGUCAUCCUUCAUCAACGCAACGACAACGAGAUGAACGGCGUGGCGCGUCGGAAGCAGUUCAAACUUCGUCCAUGGCAAUCAACCGCGUCGCCUCUUCGACAGGACUGCUGGUAA